AUGUUUCAUAUCAUUCCACUAACCUUUUUUAAGGUAAGUCAUGUUGAUAAAAACAAUUGCUUUUCGAUUAAUCAUAGGCAGAGAAAUAUAACCUAAAUGUAAAUCAAUAUCCUACACUAUAUAGUUUGUUGAGGAAAAAAAAAAGAUCGAAUUACGAAAUAAAUCAAUGUACAACAGCUGAUUGA